AUGGUGUUUUUGGAAUUUGCAGUGAAUGGGUUAGCAAAUAUCGACGGGGAUGUGAUCCAAGACGAGGAGGACCUGACGUCGGGGAGGCGGUGCAGUCGGUACAAGCUCACUGGGAUCGUCGUUCAUUCCGGCCAGGCGUCCGGAGGGCAUUAUUACUCUUACGUCCUUCACAGGCAUACCGACGGGACGCAACGGUGGUACAAGUUCGACGACGGGGAGGUGAGCGAGUGCCACAUGGACGACGACGAGGAGAUGAAGUCUCAGUGCUUUGGCGGGGAGUACAUGGGGGAGGUGUUCGAUCACCUGAGCAAGCGGAUGAACUGUCGGCGCCAGAAGCGGUGGUGGAACGCGUACAUCCUGUUCUACACGCGGCUGGACGUCGACGAGCAGCUGCUGCAGGACUCGUUCAAGGAGCUCUCGCUCGAUUGGACUAACUCGUUCCCUAAGAUGCCAGCCCCGAUCGAACGAAGCGUGCGCCGGGAAAACGUCCGCUUCAUGCAUAACCGCAACCAGUUCUCAGUGGAGUAUUUCCAGUUCAUCAAGAAGCUAGUCAUUUGCAACAACCACUUUGUCAGCCUUCCUGCUGGUGAUGGAACUCUGUCGCCAGAGGGCGAGGAGAUCGCCAUGAUGUCGAUGCAGCUAGUGUCCCGCUUCCUCUUCAUCACUGGUUGGCACACGAAGAAGAGCCUUCGAGGGCCUGCCAUAGAGUGGUACGAGGCAUUGAGCAUCCAUCUUCGUGGAUCUCGCACUGUCCGCUCCUGGUUUGCCCAGAAUGUCCUCUUUGCCCCCAAUUACAAGGCCAGGUUCACGGAGUACAUGCUGGAGUGUCCAAGCUCUGAAGUGCGGAUGGCGUUUGUCAAGGUUAUCAUGUUUGUUGCCCACUUCUCCCUUCAGGAUGGCCCUUCACCUCUUCCCUAUGGACCAGGGAUGGACACCGGAGAGCAGCUUAGCAAUGCAUUGAUCCAGGCACUAAAUGUGCCAGCCCUUUUGAUGCAAGUGGCAAUGGAUGAGGGACCUGGCCCGGCCAUCAAGUAUCAGUAUGCUGAGCUCGGGAAGCUGUACCAGGUGGUGUCCCUCUUGGUGCGCUGCUGUGAUGUCUCCUCACGGUGCCAGCCUUCCACUCCUGGGGUGAAGGUCUUACCAAAUCCAUACAUUGGUGAUCAGCAUUGCUCUGAACCUCUCAUGCCCAUUCAGCCUCAGGUUGCUGACAUGCUCUACGUUAGGCCAGCCUACAUGAAAAAGAUCAUGGAGGAAGCAAAUGCAGGAGAAGACACAGCACGGCUCCUCAAGUUCUGCAGCUGGGAGAACCCAGUGUUCUCAUCAGCAGCACUGGCUGAGCUCCUGUGGCAGAUCUCCUACUCGUACACGUAUGAGCUGCGCCCUUACCUUGACCUCCUUCUCCACCUCCUUCUCAUGGAAGACUCAUGGCAGUCCCAGCGCAUUGUCAAAGCCCUCAAAGGGAUAUCAGAGGACCGAGAGGGGCUGUUUGAUACUGUGCAUCGUUCCAAGUCCCAUCACCAGAAACGGGCAUACCAGUGUAUUAAGGCAAUGGUUAGCCUGUUCACAACAUGCAACGUUGCCCUUCGCAUCCUCCAAACACAGGCUGAACUCAGACGACGCUGGUCAUGGGCUGUCAAUUGGCUUCAUGAGGAACUUGAGAGGAGGCCAUACCCAGGUUCCUCCCAGUAUGGUUAUAACAGCUGGUCCCCGCCUGCCCCUUCAAAUGAGACCUCCAAUGGAUACUUCCUUGAGAGGUCCAACUCUGCCAAGAUGACCCUUCAGAAGGCCUUGGAAAUCUGUCCUGAUGAGGAAGGGGAAGGUGAGGAGGUAGCAGGUGGAGAAGAUGGUGAGGGGGGACCAGGUUCCCCAGUCCCUGAGGAUGGAGUGGUGCCCCAGGUCCCAUCCCCAUCACCUGUCCCUGGGACAGCGACGGUAGGAAAGCUCAGUCGCGGCAGUGGAGACACCCGGGCAUCAACCACCACUCAAUCUCUUUCCAAUCCCUUGGUAUACUCCUCGAUUCAGCCACAGGAACGUGAGAGUCCCCUUAGCCCCCUGCAGCCUCCCCUCUCCUCCCAUGUCCAGUUCAUGCCGCAGCGGCGGCUGUCUGGCGGGGAUCAGCGGGGAAGCGACAAACUGUUUGGGUUCCGCCCGGAGGACGGCCAGUCAACUGAAGAAGCCUGAUCUGCAUCUACUCCGUGAUAUGUCUCUCGAUGAACCUUUAUUCCGAGUUUGGAGUUCAUUCGUACCAUCGGGAUCCCGGCGACGAGUUUCCCGUCGUCUCCGGGAGGAAACCGAGCUCAAUAUCGACACGAGAGGCUGCUGAGAUCAACCGAUGAUUUCGGGAAAGACACACCAAAACGAUUGAGUAAAUUUAUUUUCGUCGAGUCAUCCGCAUCUGCUCUGUGAUUGCAUGUCAAACUGUUUCUCCUCUCCUAGUUUCGCUUUGAGUGAAGUUAUUCUUUGUAGAAGUAAUAUUUAGAGUUAUUUUUUAUGAUGCUCUCCCCUGGACGUUGGUCUCAGCAACCCUGACGCGAUCGACAUCCACUGCGCCUUCUGUUGCCUUGUUGUGAUACAUCGGACAAAAGAAAAGGCCUCAGGGUCAGACUGGAAAAAAAAAGUAAAAGAUGGUAAAAAUUUAAAUAGAUACAACUUGUUGCCUGUGAGUCAGGAUCCCUGAAAUUUCGAGGGAAAAUGACAGUGGAAAAAAAAGAAGUCAUCUUUGAAUUAUGUCGAUUUUUUUGGAUUCCUCCUUUUUUGUGACCCGUGCAGUCCAGAGAGAGGUCAAGAUGUAUGCUAAGUGUCAGUUCUAUUUAAUAAAGAAAACUGACUUUCAAAUACC